CGGUUCAUUGUUUCACCCGUAAUCUGUGAUACACGUGUCUCCUUCCUUUCUCUCGUUCCCUUGGUUUUUAUCUCUUCUCAGUUCUGCAAGCAACACUGUCCACUCUCCUCCAAGAACCAUGAGUCUAGCCAAGAAGAUCAGGACCGGCAUUCAAGGAUAUGGAAAACUCAGCUUUCUUUCAAGGCUUGCUCGCCAAACUCACGAUGCUAAGACUCUUCCUGCAGUGCCCUACCAAAUCAUGAAGCAGGAUCGAGAUAGACUAGGAUCUGCUGGCAAUAAUUCUUUGAGAUGGCUUGCACUCUUUGGGACAGGUGUCUCAGGGCUUUUGGGUUGUGCCACAAUAGCUUAUUCUGAUGAGGCUGAACAUGGUUUGGGGGUUCCUAACUAUCCUUGGCCUCAUGAAGGCAUACUCAGCUCAUAUGACCAUGCUUCGAUCCGUCGGGGCCACCAGGUCUACCAACAAGUUUGUGCAUCUUGCCAUUCAAUGUCUCUAAUCUCAUAUAGAGAUCUUGUUGGUGUGGCAUACACUGAAGAAGAAACAAAGGCUAUGGCAGCUGAAAUUGAAGUAGUUGAUGGGCCUAAUGACGAGGGUGAGAUGUUCACCCGGCCUGGUAAGCUAAGUGAUCGUUUUCCGCAGCCAUAUGCAAAUGAACAGGCAGCUAGGUUUGCCAAUGGAGGUGCAUAUCCUCCAGACUUAAGCCUUAUCACCAAGGCCCGUCAUAAUGGCCAGAACUAUGUAUUUGCUCUUCUAACGGGUUACCAUGAUCCUCCUGCUGGUGUAUCGAUUCGAGAGGGGUUGCAUUAUAAUCCUUACUUUCCUGGUGGUGCAAUAGCUAUGCCAAAAAUGCUGAAUGAUGGUGCUGUUGAAUAUGAAGAUGGUACCCCAGCUACAGAGGCCCAAAUGGGGAAGGAUGUGGUGACAUUUUUAGCCUGGGCUUCUGAGCCAGAAAUGGAAGAGAGAAAACUGAUGGGUUUUAAGUGGAUCUUUGUGCUAUCUCUUGCACUGCUCCAAGCAGCUUACUACAGGCGGUUGAAAUGGUCAGUUUUAAAGUCCCGAAAAUUGGUGCUAGAUGUUGUCAAUUGAUCUCUUUUUUAUAUGUAAUUACUUAUUUCUAUUUGAGCAGGGAUAGAUCGGUAAUAAUUAAUUCAUUAGACCACCUAGGUUUUAUUUGUUCUGUGUUAUCAGAUGGCUUAGACUGCUAAAAUAGUGUGGAGACAGAUCUCCUUUGCAGUUAUAUUCUUUAAUAAGGUGAAAAAUAAGAGGCUUGUACUACAAACAGAAACGAUUAUCUUAGCCAUUGUUCUAUGAUGGAUAGUUAUCCAUAAA